AUGCCGAGGGCACGGUGGGAAGACGGGCGCGCGCCCAUUGUUCUUACACUCGACGAAGUGGAAGCGAACCCCGAAUUAUCAUGGUACACCAGUCCUGAUGCAGGCGGCAUGCGCUAUGAGCCGUCGUCAAGCGACUCUGUGCACGUCGGGAAACCCUUCAACGAGCUCCCCGAGUGUAUGCUCUUGUGGAUUAGGGAUGUGUAUGCUCUCAAUCCGGGGAAACAGCACUAUGGUGCCGCGGCCAAUAGAUAUCUGCAGGGGCUGCGCGAGCUCGUAGCGGACAGGUACAACGACUUUCAGAUCCCUUUCGUGAAGGAGAGCAACAGGCUGUACGGCAAGAAGCUUCUAGCCUGUCCAAAGAAGGAUGUGCGGUGGAUUAGCCAACAUCGCUACUGCAAUAUGUAUCCUGUCUUCAAGGAGGCUGUCCGCGCAAAGCUUCGCUCCUUCCGGAACUAUGGCGUUCAUAGAAAUGUCGGGGAGCUUCUGAGCGAGUCCGAGGAAUGGGGGUUCAAUCCAGGACAAUACGAGAAGGAUGGUUUCGUUGUAUCAGACUCUGAGUUGACGUUGGGCACCUCUGACAUAUGGGAUACCUCGAAUGAGGAUGAAGCCGAAGAUGAGGAAGAGGAAGCUGAGGGGUCUGGUAACGAGAACAAGUCAAGCGCGGGCGCGGAAUACGAGGAGAUUGAAGCAUCAAACACGGAGGAAAAUGGCUCCCUUGGUGGUGAGCUCUCGGACGCGUCGGAUUAUAAACUCCGGCGUCUGCGCCGCGGGUGCGCUACGUCGACUCGCAGUCCAUCCAUAGAACUCAUAUGCCCUCCGAAGGCAGCGCGACCCGCCGCCGAUGUCCUAGAGAUCACAGACUCCGACUCUGACACUGAAUUAGAGCUACACAAGCGAAGCCAUGCACCAGAGACUCCACGCCGGCCCAAGCGGGUAGCCAGUCGUCUGACUGUUCUGACCUCCGAUGCGAGUGGUGAGGACGAAGAUGAGUUCCAGCAGAGGUCAGAAAAGCGGUCUUCCCGCUCAGACGCGACAGAGCAUGCCCACCUCGCUUCUCCAACCGAUGACAUUUUCGACGCCUCGGAGCCCUCGACGCCGAAACGACGCUAUCGUCGCAUCGAGAAUAAUGGCGAUGAUGCAGACAGUGAUACCGACGACAAUCUGCCCCUGGGGCCUCCGCCGCGCGCGACAAUCGCCAAGAGACCUUCUAUGAACGUGCCCAGCAAAGCUUCCCCUUCGAAGGCGCCUGUUGCGAAUAAUGCGGAUUCCGAUAUCCAGUCGGACUCGGAUGCUCAUAUUCAGCCGCAAACUCCUAGGUGUAGCACCCGCGCGCAUGGCUAUAGGAAUUCCACAUGCAUGAGGUCCCUGCGAACUCCGAAGAAGAGAGUGAUCAUCAGCUCCAGCGACGAGGACGAGGACGACGUGCCACACACGCCAAAGAAGCGCCGUACCUCGAUUCGUCCCUUGUCAGUCUCACAAUCCCGCUCUGGCGACAAGACUGUUCCCGCCAUUCCAGGCAAAGUUCCUGCGGAGCCUCUCAUCAUCUCUAGCGAAGAGGAUGACGACAAUACGCCGCUAUCUGUAUAUGUUGCGAGGAAGGCCAAAGCUCGCGAAGAAUUUCUCGCGACGUCCGCGAAGAGCAAGAUCCCGGCGGCCGCCCGCUCACGUUCCUCGGCGGCCAUAAUGAGAUCGGCGGGAUUUCCUUCUAGGAAGGUCAAGAGCAGGGUCUCGACGUCGAUUAGGGCUGCCACUCCGUCGUUGGCGGCGAUAGACAUGAAUGCAUACGAGCGCCCGGGUUCGCCGGGGAGCGAUGACUGCCUUGGUUCGAGGCCCACCACGCCGAGGAGCCGUAGGUCUUGA